GUGUCGUUCCAUGAUCGCAAAGUUUUGUUCAAAAUCGUAUUUAUUAUUUGUUUGAUUAUACAACAUACAUUAAUUUAUCAAUUUAUAUUAACAGUAAUUACAAAGCUAUUAUGUGAAAGACAGUGGGCACCAGUCGCGGGAGGGGGACCAGGGAAACUUCCUCAUCCACACCCUGUGAGAGGGCGGAAAAAUACAAUUUGUCGCGGAGGAACUACGGUAUUCAAUGUAAUUUUUACAGAAUAUAAAAAUCAAUUAAAUAAUCCUUUCUAAAUUCCAAAAUUGUCAGAGUUUACAGGGUUUCCGUCCCCUGGGCCCCAGUUUAGGAGUUCUGGGCUGCCGGCUCCGCCCAUGUUCCCCUCGGGAAAAUCGUUCUUCCAGUCGGAAACGCCUUUAAUAGCUCGCACUGUACAUUAUUGCUGGCUGCGUGAAACUGAAAGAUAGGGUCUGUGAUACAUAUGUUCUAUUUUCUCUGUGGUGAUACACUGCACUCUCAAACUUGGAUUUAAUUCUGAAUAGUCUACGCGUUCACUCAAAAUUAAAUAAAACUUUAUUUGUCCAUUAAACACAAGUAAAAAUGGAAAUUCUUUUUCCACUGGCAAAAAAACUGAAACAAUAAAAAAUUGUAAAAACAUUAAAAAUGCGAAAAGAACCAUGAAUAAAAUUCGGAAAGUUAAACAUUACUUAAAAAUAAAAAUGUUCAUUUAUUUUGGCCUUAAUUGCCGCCCAUAUUGUGGGCGGAGCUAAAAACACCAAAAGGGAGCACGGGUUUGUUGUCGCGUCAGAAGGAUUGUUUUAUCGAGCGAUUAUCCGCUUGAAGUCUUCAAUAAUACAAGUGUUUUGACUUGACCAAACCAGAAAGCUGCAAGCAAGUCAUUCAUGCAGUAGUAGGCCAAUAUACGUCCGUUUACAUGGCAAAUGAAUUAAUCCCAGUUGUCGAUUUUUCAGCCUACAGACUUGAUCGCAAUGUACCCGACGAGGCAAAAUUUCCACUUCUUAUCACAGAGGUUUAUAAAGCAUUUUCAAAAAUAGGUUUCGUGUACCUCGUCAACACCGGUAUACCUUCUAAAAUCGUAAGUACGUUCUCAAGUCCCACUACUGCUGACGUGCGAUGUGGAGAACAUUCAGAUUAUGGUGGAAUCACCUUGCUCUUCCAGGAUUCACAAGGGGGCCUGGAGGCACAAGAACACGGCAUAUCAGAAGAGUUUUUAGGGUCUCUUCAUUCUGUAUUCACUUAUGCUGUGCAGUUACAUCAACGGAUACUGGAAGUUUUAGCAAGAGGACUUCAACUUCAGGUACAAUUAUCAAUUUAUAUACUGUAUUCUAAAACUGUAUUGAAGAUCCAAGCACAAGAACACGGCAUAUCAGAAGAGUUUUUAGGGUCUCUUCAUUCUGUAUUCACUUAUGCUGUGCAGUUACAUCAACGGAUACUGGAAGUUUUAGCAAGAGGACUUCAACUUCAGGACCCCAUGAUGCUUGUCAAUGCACAUAAAUUGAUAGGCAAAGAAGGGAAUGUAUCAGCUCUACGCUCCCUUUUCUACCCACCACCAAGCGAUUUCCCCACUAAAGCAGGACAGGUGCGAUGUGGAGAACAUUCAGAUUAUGGUGGAAUCACCUUGCUCUUCCAGGAUUCACAAGGGGGCCUGGAGGUAAAGAACCUUAAUGGAGACUUUGUUGCUGCCUCGCCUAUAGAGAAUGCGGUCAUUGUUAAUGUUGGUGACUUGAUGCAGAGGUGGACUGCAGAUAAAUUAGUCUCUACAAAACACAGAGUUCUUAUGCCAUUUGAUACGGAAAAACCCAAUCAGAUCCGUCAGUCCAUGGCUUUCUUUGGCCAUCCGGAUAGUGAGGAGCAGAUUGUGUGUAUCGAUGGGAGUAACAAGUAUCCUCCAGUAGGAAGCCUGGAAUAUCUUAACUAUAGGUUUAGUGUCACAUACUAAUACAGUAUACUGUACAGUACUAUCCUAAUGUAAUUUAUAAGUUGUGGGCUGAAGUCUGUCAGGUUUUGGAUCCUCUCUUUACACAAUGAACAAUUUUGAGCAGAUUGGUGUUCUGUACAGUUUAACCUUUAUCAAAUACUGCAUACACAGAGUGGUUAAAAUACAUAACUGGGCCCUGUGGCAUUAUGAUUGUCAAUCCCUAAUGUGGUGUAGAAGCACAAUUUUUGGCUAUACUAAGCCAUAUCUCUACCCAUGAACCCUACCAGGAAUUUUUAUUCUGCGAGCUUCUAGUCAGAGUAGCCCCUUCCAUGCAGGUGAACAGGUUACCCAGUAUAAAGAAAAAUUUAAUUUAUAUGACACAGGCUCAUGAUGUGAGUGGUCUUUGAGAACUUGGUGAGCAAUCUUAUUUUAUGAAAUCUAAAAUUGAUGUAUGAAAACCUGGUUUUGAGAAAAUCAGCUUAAAGGCAAAAUAUACUAAAGUACAGAGUAUAUAUACACAGGAAACACUUUAAUAGUAAAAAUAAGCUUAAAAUGUAUCAAAAUUAUUUAAAAACAUUAAAAUGUAACUUUAGAAAGAA